UUCGGCGUGAACCAGGAAGGACGUUGGGGUGGAGGACAUUCACGACCAUGAGUUCCGGUGCGUUGCUGAAACCUCAGAUGCGUGGUCUUCUGGCCGAGACCCUGUGGGUUCACUUUGUUGGUGCUUUCAUCGUGGCCCUGGGAGUGGCUGCUGCCUAUAAGUUUGGCGUGGCUGAACCCAGAAAGAAGGCAUAUACAGAUUUCUACAGGAAGUACGACUCUAUGAAGGACUUCGAAGAGAUGAGGAAGGCUGGUAUCUUCUAGAGUGCGAGGUGACAUCAGAAUGUUCAGAAUUAUUUGGAUUGCACUAAAAGAAGUUCAUCGCUGACCUGUGUUCCUGAACUGUGAAACAUGAAUAUGUGGGCUAAGGAAUAGUUUAUCUCAAUAAACAGUUAACAGUUAUAU